CGCGGCCGGCAUGGCAGCGCCGAGAAACCCCUCGCGGGUGCGGGAGCGGGCGCGGGUUCGCGCCCCCGCCGCAGAAAGUGACCAAGUUCACUCCUGGACACUAGUUACAAGCCAGGUCCUAGAUACUGCCUGGAGAAUAGCAAAGGGCUCUGUGAUGUUGGCAGUUUCACUGUUGGUGGCCACCCUCUGCUAUUUCAGAAGGCUGCAUUUAUAUUUAGAGCACUGGCUGAAAUGGUGGAUUGGAUAUCUCCAGAGAAAAUUCAAAAGGAACCUCAGUGUGGAGGCGGAAGUUGAUUUACUCAGUUAUUGUGCAAGAGAAUGGAAAGGAGAAACACCCCGUGCCAAACUGAUGAGGAAGGCUUAUGAGGAGCUCUUUUGGAGACACCAUAUUAAAUGUGUUCGACAAGUAAAGAGAGAUAACUAUGAUGCUCUAAGAUCAGUGUUAUUUCAGAUAUUUAGCCAAGGCCUCUCUUUUCCAUCCUGGAUGAAAGAAAAAGAUAUUGUUAAGCUUCCUGAAAAACUGCUGUUUUCACAAGGUUGUAAUUGGAUCCAGCAGUAUAGUUUUGGUCCUGAGAAGUAUACAGGUUCAAAUGUGUUUGGAAAAUUACGUAAAUGUGUGGAAUUAUUGAAAAUGCAGUGGACCGAAUUUAGUGGAAUUAAAGAUUAUCACAAGAGAGGAAGUAUGUGUAACAUCCUUUUUUCUGAUGUCAUUCUGGAACAUAAACUUUAUGAAGCUUUAAAGUUCAUCAUGCUAUAUCAAGUCACUGAAGUUUAUGAACAAAUGAAGACUAACAAGAUCAUUCCCAGUCUUUUUAGACUCCUGUUUUCCAGGGAGACAUCAUCAGAUCCUUUGAGCUUUAUGAUGAAUCACCUGAAUUCUGUAGGUGACACGUGUGGAUUAGAACAGAUUGAUAUGUUUAUACUUGGAUACUCCCUUGAAGUAAAGAUAAAAGUGUUCCGACUGUUCAAGUUUAACUCCAGAGAUUUUGCAGUCUGGUAUCCAGAGGAGCCUCUCAGGGAGUGGCCAGAGAUCUCCCUGCUGACUGAGAAUGACCGUCACUAUCACAUUCCUGUCUUUUAAGUCUGCUGUGGGCGGGGCACUCGGACACACUUAUAAGUAAAGUAUUUCUCGGAAACCAAAGCUAGUGUUUCAGCUAUGGAAGGAAUCAGGACCUUUUUCUCUGGAGUUACAGGUACACUGGGUGCAGGAUGAUUUUCCUGUCUUUUUCAGUGAUUUCCCCUGGAACAGCUGCACUGAUUUAUUUGGUGGGUUGGUGGGUUGACCUUGUUUUUAAGAGGUUCGGCAACUUCACAUAAUGUCAGGCCUUUAAGCCACAAGGAAAUUUAGCAUGGACAACAGGAAAAAAACAAGAAGAAAAAGUGUAUGGAAAAACUGCUAACCUGGAAAGAAUUUCUUCAUCUCUGACCUUUGUGUUAUUAAGACUCUAAUCUUGGGCUGGUUCAAGAUCAUCAUAAACAUGGCCAUAUGUUGUAAGCAUCACCUUCAUGGGAAUCUUUGUUAUAUAUUAAUUUUCUAGAACCAUUUGAUUAAUAUUAAAAUUAUGUGUAUAUGUAUAUAUAAAUGUAAACAUUUAUAUAUACAUAUAUGCACAUUUGGCACACACCCACAAAUAAUCACUACUUUGUAAUAUUGUAUAAUUUGUUUUAUGUAUUACUUUUUUUUGUUACUGUUAUAUCUGUCCAGUUUAAUUGGUUUUAUUUAGAUAAAAAUGAUAAAUUCUAUAGAUUAAGGCAACUGAAUGAUAAUUACUGAACUGUCACAAAAAAUAUUAAACUGUAGUAUAUUUAGCUUAUAUUUACAUUUGUAUGUAAUGACUAGAAACUCAUUGUGAUAGGCUGAAUAAUAUGCCCAGACACAAAGAUAUAUUCAUCAUAAUUCCAGAACCUGGGAUUAUGUUGGGUUAUGGCAAAAGAGAAUUAAGGUUGUAAUUGGAACUGAGAUACUAACCAUUGACUUUGAAAGGGGGCAAUUAUUCUGGAUUCUCCAGGUGGGCCUGGUGUCAUUGAAAGGGUCCUUAAGAGUGGAAGAGGGAAUCUGAAGAGUGUCAGUCAGAGGAGAAUGUGAAGAGGAGUCAGAGAGAUGCACAUUGCUGAUUUGGGAAGAGGAAGGGGAUAUGAGCCAAGGAAUGCAGGGCCUUUGGGAGCUGGGAAAGACCAGGGGACAGACUCUUUCCUAGAGCUUCCAGAAGGAGCACAGCCCUGCCAACACCUUGAUUUCAACCCAGCAAGUCCCAGGUCAGAUGAAAUCCGAAGAACUCUAAGGUAAUUUCUUCAAUGGUUAAAUCACUUGAGUAUGAUGUAAUAUGUUACAGGAGCAACAGAAGCCUAGUAUUCUCAGAUUGACUAAUUUUUAUUUUAUUUUGGAAAUACUUUUUUAGUCAUUUUGGAAAUCUUUAUUUUGGAGAUGCCUUGCUCAUCUUUUGAAUUUCAAUAAAUUAAAAAUUAUUUUAAAAAUCUUGCUAAUGACAUUUCACUUCAAAACAACAUGCUUGGCACUAACAUUAUCCCAUGAUUGUAUUGUUUUUUGAAUAAAUAAAAAAGGUAUGUUAAAUGCUGAAGCAUAUGAAAUUAAUAUUCACAUUCUUUUGCAAUGGAGAUGAUCAAUUGUAUGUACUAUAAAACUAAGAUGUCCAA